CGCUGCGCACUGCUGCUGGAAACAGCGCAGCAUCCUCUCCAGCCUCCACAGCUCAGGACUUCUGCUUUUUGGGAUGAAUUCAGGAGAAUGGCACUAAUGGAAAAUAGAAUAUACAUGGCACCUGUCGCAGCUUUUAAAAAGAUGCCCAGCACAGGGUGAUCACUCCGCUGGCGUUUGAGUGAUCUGAGCACUAAACUUUGGAUUCUGGUGACACCUGGAGUUUGGGUUCAAGAUGGAGCGAAGUGAUCCCUGAAAUGAAGACGUGGGGAUUCUGCGUGGAACAUUUUCCUGUUCUUUCUACUGAGAUUUGAAGAAUUUAACUCUGAAAAUGAUGCUGUAAACGUCAGAGUUUCAUACCUGUAAGUAGAAUCUACAGGACAAUCAGGAUGAAAAGAUGGCACCCAUGCUGUUACCAACGGGUCCUGAUGGCUUGCGGCGGUUCACUCGCGAAUCCCUCGCUGCCCUGGAGCGGCGGAUUGCGGAGGAGCAGGCCAAGAGCACCAAGGAUGGCUCAGAGGCUCAGAAGAACGCAGAGCCACCAAAACCCAGGGCUGAUCUGGAGGCAGGCAAGCAGCUGCCACGCAUCUUUGGUGACAUCCCCACAGAACUUGUCGGGGUGCCACUGGAGGACAUCGAUCCAUUUUACUACAAGAACCAGAAGACUUUUAUAGUGCUCAACAAAGGGAAGGCCAUCUUCAGAUUCAGUGCCACAUCUGCACUUUACAUAAUUAGUCCAUUUCACUUCAUCAGAUCUAUUGCCAUAAAAGUUUUAGUCCAUUCAUUAUUUAGCUAUUUCAUAAUGUUCACCAUACUGACCAACUGUUUCUUCAUGGCCAUGUCAGAUCCACCAACGUGGUCCAAAUACCUGGAGUACACCUUCACUGGCAUUUACACUUUUGAAUCAGCGAUAAAGAUUUUAGCAAGAGGAUUUUGUUUAGUGCCCUUCACGUUCCUGAGAGAUCUGUGGAACUGGCUUGACUUCAUCGUCAUCAUCAUGGCAUACGUCACAGAAUUUGUUGAUCUUGGAAACGUGUCUGCAUUAAGAACCUUCCGAGUUCUGCGAGCACUGAAAACCAUCUCAGUUAUUCCAGGUCUGAAGACCAUCGUGGGCGCUCUGAUCCAGUCAGUGAAGAAGCUGACGGAUGUGAUGAUCCUGACCGUCUUCUGUCUCAGUGUUUUCGCGCUCAUCGGCCUGCAGCUUUUCAUGGGACUCCUGCGACAAAAAUGUGUUCGCAGCCUCAACCACUGCGUCAACCUCUCAUACAGCCCCAACACGCCAUUCACCUGCAACAACAGAACCUGGAGCUCAUCUGACGACUUCCUAACCAAUGAAGAUAAUUUCUACAAAGUUGAAGGAGAAAAGGAUGCAUUAAUAUGUGGAUAUGGAAGUGAUGCAGGGAAGUGUCCUGAGGGGUUUGACUGCCUAAAAGUAGGAAGAAACCCAAACUAUGACUACACAAGUUUUGACACCUUUGGUUGGGCGUUUCUGGCACUUUUUCGACUUAUGACCCAAGACUACUGGGAGGAGCUAUUUCACCAGACUCUGCGCUCUGCUGGGAAGACCUACAUGGUUUUUUUUGUGCUGGUGAUCUUCCUCGGCUCCUUCUACCUGGUCAACCUGAUCCUGGCAGUGGUGGCCAUGGCCUAUGAGGAGCAGAAUCAGGCAACCAUCGCUGAGGCCUGGCAGAAAGAGAGGGAGUUCCAGCUGGCCAUGGAGCAUCUCAGACGAGAGCAAAGAUUGGCAGCUAAAAGACAAGCACAGGAGACAGAUUCAGUUCUGUCCCCAGAGUUGUCCCCCUUCUGUCUGAAGACAGGAAGUAUACGGCGCAGCAGCAGCAGGAGAAGACGGUCCCAUCGGACUCUUUCUGAGGAGACUGCAGUGGAAGAUGUGGAGGAGAUGCUGGAUCCUGUGGAUGAAGUUGUGCCCCCUCUGUCCCCUCUGCCACCCCACCCUCUGCUUGCCACGCUCUCCUCUCACCCUCUUAGCACCAGGAGAGGAAGCCAGAACAGCAUCUUCAGCUCAUUCCGUACUCGAAUCAACUCAGAAGCGGAGUUUGGGGAUGAUGAGUACAGCGUCCACGGGGACGUCUUCAGGAGUCGCACCAGUUCUACUGCAACACCCUGGAAGAAGAGAACGGGCAGUGUUAGAAGCCACUGCUCUCAGGUUUUAACGCCCAUCCUUAAUGUCAACGGCCGACUGAACAUCUCUCUAGACCAGAACGGAGGCGCCACUAUGGGACUCCUCACCCCAUCGUCCAUACCGGCUCACGGCAUGGAGAGAGUCAGGGGGGACCCAAAACCCAGUGAAACAGGAGACACAACUCCCAGAGUUCUCCUGCAGCCGUCCCCCACGGUCACCAGGCCCACUUCAGUGCGCAGGAAACGGGCCCACAGCUCUGUCAGCUUCCUUAGUGAUGCCAUGGAGGAGCUGGAAGAAUCCAGGCAGAAGUGUCAUCCUUGCUGGUACUCGUUUGCCAAGAAGUAUUUGAUCUGGGACGGCUGCCCCUGGUGGCUGAAGCUGAAGGAAUAUGUGAAAUUCAUGGUCAUGGAUCCCUUUCUGGAUCUUGGCAUCACCAUCUGUAUAGUGCUGAACACCCUCUUCAUGGCUCUGGAGCAUUACCCCAUGACCGAUGAGUUCAACACCAUGCUGUCAGUGGGCAAUCUGGUGUUCACAGGGAUCUUCACCGCUGAGAUGGUGUUUAAGCUGAUUGCCUUGGAUCCUUAUUACUACUUCCAGCAGGGCUGGAACAUCUUUGACGGCAUCAUUGUCUGCCUCAGUCUGAUGGAACUGGGUCUGUCCAAUGUAGAGGGACUUUCUGUCCUGAGAUCUUUCAGACUGUUAAGAGUCUUUAAGCUGGCGAAGUCUUGGCCCACCCUCAACACCCUGAUCAAGAUCAUUGGUAACUCUGUGGGCGCACUGGGGAACCUGACCCUGGUGUUGGCCAUCAUUGUCUUCAUCUUUGCUGUGGUGGGAAUGCAGCUGUUUGGGAAGAACUACCAGGACUGUGUGUGUAAAAUCUCCUUUGACUGCCAGCUGCCUCGCUGGCACAUGAAAGACUUCUUCCACUCCUUCCUGAUCGUGUUCAGGGUGUUGUGCGGCGAGUGGAUCGAGACCAUGUGGGACUGUAUGGAAGUGGCCGGGCAGCCGCUCUGUAUCCUGGUGUUCAUGCUGGUCAUGGUCAUAGGAAACCUAGUGGUGCUGAACCUUUUCCUUGCCCUGCUGCUCAGUUCCUUCAGCUCUGACAACCUCUCUGCUCCGGAUGAGGACGGAGAUUUGAAUAAUAUCCAGAUCGCCAUCGCCCGCAUGCACAGUGGCAUUACCUGGCUCAUCAGGAGUGUAGUCAGCCUCUUCCAUCGCGAUGUGAGAGGUCGCAAACAUAAAGCUAAAGAAGCCAACCAGGCAAUCGGGUUGGCUGGAAAUCACGCGGAAAGUAAUGGAGGAAUAUUUUCUAAUUAUGGAGAGAAGUCUAUUAUACCAGAAGGGGACAGCUACAUGACCAACCCAAACCUCACCGUGAUUGUUCCCAUUGCACCGGGGGAGUCAGAUGUGGAGUUUCUAGAGGAAGAGGAGAAUUCAGAGUCCUCAGAGGAUGAAGACAACAAACCAGAGAAGAUCAGCCUUUCAGAGGGCAGCACGGUGGAUCUGAGGAAGCCUGGAGAGGAGGAGGAUGACCUAUCAGAUACGGCUGAUGACAGUAUGGAUCCAGAGGAAUGCUUUCCUGAAUUGUGCCUGAGACACUGUCAGUGCUGCAGCAUCGACACCAGCCACGGUCUGGGCCAGGCCUGGUGGAGGUUGAGGAAGACCUGCUAUCAGAUUGUGGAGCACAGCUGGUUUGAGACGUUCAUCAUCUUCAUGAUCCUGCUGAGCAGCGGAGCUCUGGCGUUUGAAGAUAUCUACAUCGAGAGGAGACGAGUGAUUAAGGUGGUGUUGGAGUACGCUGACAAAGUCUUCUCCUACAUCUUUGUGCUGGAGAUGUUUCUCAAGUGGAUUGCAUAUGGCUUCAAGAAAUAUUUCACCAACUACUGGUGUUGGCUUGACUUCCUGAUUGUAGACGUGUCUCUGAUCAGCUUGGUAGCGAGUUCUCUGGGAUAUUCAGACUUCUCUGCAAUCAAGUCACUGAGGACGCUCCGAGCUUUGAGACCGCUCCGAGCUCUUUCCAGAUUUGAGGGCAUGAGGGUGGUUGUGAACGCUCUGAUAGGAGCCAUCCCUUCCAUUAUGAACGUGCUGCUCGUGUGUCUUAUCUUCUGGCUCAUCUUCAGCAUCAUGGGAGUCAACCUGUUUGCAGGCAAGUUUGGGAAGUGUGUGAACCGAACGGGCUUCACCCACAGUGUCUCCGUUGUCAACAACAAGUCCGACUGUCUCGCCAUGAAUGACACUCAGUUCUACUGGACAACAGUCAAGGUCAACUUUGACAACGUUGGACUGGGUUACCUCUCCCUUCUGCAAGUGGCAACUUUUAAAGGAUGGAUGGAAAUAAUGAAUGCAGCUGUUGAUUCAAGAGGAGUGGAAGAACAGCCCAUCAGAGAAAUCAACCUCUACAUGUACCUCUACUUUGUUGUCUUCAUCAUAUUCGGCUCCUUCUUCACCCUCAACCUCUUCAUUGGUGUCAUCAUUGACAAUUUCAAUCAGCAGAAAAGAAAGAUGAGUGGACAGGAUAUCUUUAUGACUGAAGAACAGAAGAAGUACUACAAUGCCAUGAAAAAGUUAGGAACUAAGAAACCUCAAAAGCCGAUACCGAGGCCUGCGAAUGUUCUCCAAGCCUUCUUCUUUGAUCUGGUGUCCCAGCAAGCCUUUGACAUCAUGAUCAUGAUGCUCAUCAUUGUCAACAUGGUGACCAUGAUGGUGGAAACCGAUCAGCAGUCAGAGCGGAUGGAGUUCAUCCUCAACAUGAUCAACCUGGUCUUCAUCAUCAUUUUCACCACCGAAUGCCUGAUCAAGAUCUUUGCUCUCCGCUGUUAUUUCUUCACAGUUGCAUGGAACGUCUUUGACUUUGUGGUGAUAAUACUCUCAAUAGUGGGGAUCGUCCUUGCUGAUAUCAUUGAAAAAUACUUUGUUUCUCCAACCCUGUUCCGAGUCAUCAGACUGGCGAGGAUAGGGCGUGUCCUUCGACUUAUACGUGCAGCCAAAGGAAUAAGGACUUUACUGUUUGCCUUAAUGAUGUCCAUGCCAGCGCUGUUUAAUAUUGGCCUCCUGCUAUUUCUUGUUAUGUUCAUUUAUGCUAUUUUUGGUAUGGCAAACUUUGCCUACGUGAAAAAACAAGAUGGGGUUGAUGACAUGUUUAACUUUGAGACCUUUGGGAACAGUAUUAUCUGCCUUUUUCAGAUCAGCACCUCAGCAGGCUGGGACAACCUCCUGAGCCCCAUAAUGUCCAGCUCCCCAGAGGAGUGUGACAUUAACUUCGUCAACACUGGCACCAACACCCGGGGUAACUGCGGAAACCCGUCAGUGGGCAUUGCUUUCUUUGUCAGCUACAUCAUCAUUUCUUUCCUCAUUGUGGUAAAUAUGUACAUAGCUAUCAUUCUGGAGAACUUCAGCGUCGCCACGGAGGAAAGCACAGAACCGCUCAGCGAGGACGACUUUGAAAUGUUUUAUGAGGUUUGGGAGAAGUUUGACUCUGAGGCCACGCAGUUCAUAGAGUUUUCAAAGCUGGAGAGGUUUGCCGACGCUCUUUCGGAGCCGCUGCGCAUCGCAAAGCCCAACAAGGUCCAUCUGAUUUCUAUGGACCUCCCCAUGGUCAGCGGGGACAGGAUCCACUGCCUGGACAUCUUGUUUGCCUUCACAAAGCGUGUGCUGGGUGAGUCGGGUGACAUGGACACCCUCAAACAGCAGAUGGAGGAGAAGUUCAUGGUGACCAACCCCUCCAAAAUUUCCCAUGAGCCCAUCACAUCCACGCUCCGCCACAAAAUGGAGGAGGUUUCUGCUAUCAUCAUCCAGAGGUGUUACAGGAGGCAUCUGGUGCGCCGGCAAGUGAAGCAGGCAUCCUACCUUUACAGACAGAUAAACUACGAGAUUGUGGUGGACGUGGAGAGCGCUCCGGAGACAGAGGGGCUGAUCGCCUCCAUGAUACAACAUUACGGGCCUACGGAGGCACCGGACGAAGACACCGAGGACACACUGCUGACCUUGGGAAGCCUCCCGGAGCACACCUGGUCCACUUAGAUCAACAUCUGGAGGCUCUGAACUUGCUGAUGAAAACUAUGAAGAAACAUUUGUUUAAAACUCAGCUGAUUUGAAAAUAAUCAAAUGUCUGUUCCAGAUAUCAGAGAUAAGUGAUGAAAACACUUUCUAGUCAGAUUUUUUAUUAUUUUAUAAGGGACAAAAACCAUUAUUUUUAAGUAGCUCACAGCCUCUGUUUCAGUAGAAUAACAAUGUUACAUAGAUGUAAUUUAUAUAAUGACUAUAUGUUAUAUAGUUAUCGUCAAGGCAGCAUGUGAAGGGUUCAAAGGUUAAACUUGUCCUCAAAUCAUUUUAUAAACUCAGUUUUGGUCUUUGAAUAAUAACAAAACCACGGUUAACUUUUCUUUUUCUACACAAUGUUGCUUAAAGUGUCACUGACAGAGAAACACGUCCUUCAGCUUUUACACAACUACAACCAUAAACAGCCGUAGGUUUACAAGACGUACGUAGAAUAAAAUGUUGUUUCUUCACUUUAUGGAUUUCCAUGUGUGUACCCUGGUUAUCCGGCAGUCCUCAUCUGUACAAUGUGACAGCACAUGACUCCUUCAUCUCCUGGUUUCACUCCUUCACUCUGGAUUAGGACACAGUGUGCUCUACAUGACCUUUAUCAAUCUAAAGUGAGAUAAUUAGGACUGAAAAAAUUCACAAUGGAAGCAAUCAUGUCAUCUCUUUAUAUAUUUUAUCUAAAGGCUUCUAAGUUCACUCGCACCAUAGCAGCAGCACAUUUUCAUC